AUGCGGAGUGCGCAGUCGCGUCGCUGGAAAGGUGACGCCAUCCAGCUGAGGCUCUGUUGCCACCGAGAGCGUGUAACGAACGGUGCUGUGUUCGCCUUAAGUCCCGGGCCCAUCGUUUUUAAACAUUUAUUUUUUUUUCGCUCCAGUCCUUUACGCAACCCUGCCCAGCUUGCAGUGUGUGUGUGUGUGUGUGUAUGUCUGGUGCGUGUGUAGGCCACACUCGAAGCUUUAAAGUCAAACGCGUCAUGGUUUUUUUUUUAAAACAAUCUGUAAAUUAAAACAAUCAUAACAUUGUCGAAUAUCGAAGUUAGAAUUUGUAUUGAUGUACAGUUAAAAUUGAUUGUUUGGAUUGGUAUAGAGAAAAAUUCAAUUCGGCCAACGUAAACUCAACUCGGAAGUGGGCCUCAAAUGUGCGGUUUCCGGACGAGGAAUUGGCCGUCGAAGAAAACAUCCCUACGCUGGGGUGACUGUUGUGUUGUCUCAUUGGACACGCCAAAUACAAUUCAGUUCGAUUCUAUAAUCUACUGCCAAUUAUAGAAAAUGCCGUCGCGUCAGUGAUGAAUUGUCGUCUGUGAAAUUUCAACGCUCAUCUACAUCCCUCAUUUCGAUAUUGAAAAAACAUCUGUUUCCUAUUCGCUUCAUAUCAAAUGUGUUUUUGGACCAACGAAUAGACAAGUCCUAUAUAGACAUCGAACAUUGGUUAACUAAGCGCAAAGAAAUCGAGACAAAUUGCGCACGGACGAGCGCAAAUCACCUGAUUUCUUUCAAACCUAGCGGUGGCUAAGACGAGCGGAAAAGAUGAUCAACAUUGGAGGAAUCGUGGCCAUUGUGGUCUUCUACCUGCUCAUCUUGUUCGUCGGCAUUUGGGCAGCCAAGAAAAAGGGAAAUGGAGGCGAAUCGGAGGAGGAGGUCAUGUUGGCCGGACGUAACAUUGGCCUUUUCGUUGGCAUUUUUACAAUGACCGCGACAUGGGUGGGCGGUGGUUACAUUUCUGGAACGGCCGAGGAGAUAUUCGGCAAAGGAUUGAUCUGGUGCCAGGCUCCGUUCGGUUACGCCCUUAGCCUCGUCUUCGGCGGAUUGCUCUUCGCCAAUAAAAUGAGAGAGCAAGGUUACGUCACGAUGCUCGAUCCAUUCCAGGACGCGUUCGGCGAACGCAUGGGCGGAAUGCUCUUCAUCCCGGCCCUGUGCGGAGAGGUGUUCUGGUCAGCUGCUACAUUAGCCGCUUUAGGGGCGACCAUCAGCGUCAUCGUCGACAUUGACGUCAACAUCAGCGUCGUCCUAUCGGCGUGCAUCGCCAUUUUCUACACGCUCUUCGGCGGUCUGUAUUCGGUGGCCUACACCGACGUCAUCCAACUGUUUUUCAUCUUCUUCGGAUUGUGGGUCAGCAUUCCAUUCGCUCUGACCAAUCCGGCCGUCAGUUCCAUUUCACCGUCGCAGGUCGAUUGGGUCGGUACGCUGGAACCGAAAUAUUACGGCCAGUAUUUCGAUUACGGUAUGCUGCUCAUUUUCGGCGGCAUUCCGUGGCAGGCUUAUUUUCAACGUGUUUUGUCGAGCAAAUCGGCCAGCCGGGCGCAGAUCCUGUCCUACGUGGCCGCCAUUGGUUGCGUCGUAAUGGCCCUGCCGUCCGUCCUAAUCGGCGCUGUGGCUAAAGCCACUGACUGGAAUCAAACGGAUUUCCGCGGUAAGGGCAACAUUCCGCUGGAUGAAGAACAGGCUCGUAUGGUCCUGCCUAUGGUCCUCCAGUAUCUAACACCGGCCUACGUUUCUUUCUGCGGAUUGGGAGCCGUUUCGGCUGCUACCAUGUCAUCGGCCGACUCGUCCGUUCUCGGAGCGUCGUCCAUGUUCGCCCGCAACGUUUACCGGCUCAUCUUUCGGCCGCGGGCAUCCGAACACGAGAUCAUGUGGGUCAUGAGAAUCUCCAUUUUCGUGACGGGUGCCAUGGCAACCACAAUGGCUCUGACUGUCCACACCAUCUACGGCCUUUGGUAUCUCUGCUCCGAUUUGGUGUACGUCAUCCUCUUCCCGCAGCUGCUGAUGGUCGUCCAUUUCAAACCGUAUUGCAACACGUACGGUAGCGUAGCGUCUUACAUCAUCGGUUUCCUGGCUCGCAUCUCCGGCGGUGAACCGCUGAUGAACCUCAAGCCGUUCAUCUACUACCCAGGAUGGAACGGAACGGAACAAUUGUUUCCAUUCCGCACGUUGGCCAUGUUGUUGUCGCUCAUUUCGGUGAUUGCGUUCUCCAUGCUGACGCGCUAUUUGUUCGAAUCGGGCAAACUGCCGCCCAGUUGGGACUUCCUGCGUUGCGUCGUCAACAUUCCGGAAGACGUGGUGCGAGUGUCGGGCUCUGGCGACGAAUUAGAGCCGCACGACGCCAUGGGUGAAAUGGCCGUCAUGACGGGUUUGGCCGACGUGCGCAAAUAUUCGGCCACCGACGAGAUGAACGGCCGAGUUAAUCCGGCCCUCAACCUGGGCAGCGAUUCGGACGAAGAGGCCAGCCAGCAAUUGGCUUCGUCCGUCGCCCAGCGAGCUAAAUUACAACAGCAAUUGUCCAUCGGUGCUAACAGCAUCGAUUCGCCUUCGCACCGGCCGAUGAUCAACCGCAAGGCAAACAUGAGCUCGGCAAUAGGAUCCGGUUCGGCGGCCGCGGCGGUAGUGGCUAAUAACACGGGAGAUAAGCAAACCACUCUUUGAGGGGCACGCUGGGUUAUCAAUUAGGAAGACAAGUAGCAAAAAGGGGAGACAUUAGAAGAAAGAAAUAGCGAAGUGAAACGGCACCUGCCCGAUCAUCGUUUUUCUUACCUUUUUGCUAUUUAAAUCAGAUAACUGUGUUAGUCAUUUUUUAGUCAAAUGAAGCACGGUACGUUUCGUAAUAAUAAUAGAGUCCUCAAUGGCUGUGGUUUCUGUUUGAAAGGCUAUUAAAGAGCCAAAAAAACGAGGUAAAAGUAAAUGUCCUUUUUUUUUGUUGCAUCUCAUUUACGACACAGACACACACACAGACACACACUAUACUUACAACAUGGCCAUUUGCUGUUGAUAUUUAUUAUCUAAUAUAAAUAUAAAAAUAAAAAUAUAUAUAUUAUAAGUGGGAUGGUAUUUUAAUUUUUUCAAACUCAAUCUUGUCAUUCAACGUCCACAAAAGCGUUCUUGUUGUUAACAAACGUAUUUAUUGUUGCCUCUUUAAAUAUUAUUAUCUAGUCGGUCGGUGUUUAGGGCACUUGUCGGCUUGCUGAAAAAACGACCCCGAAUUGUUUUAUAAUAUUUAUUAUAUCAAUUCAUCGUCGGACAUGUUGUGAUUCCCUUUUACUUUUUCAAAAAUGAAUGGGAAAGUUGAAAAAAAAAAUUAAUAAUAUUCAAAUCACUUAACGUCAUUUUUUGUUUCCUGUUUGUUAUCGAUGUUUUCACCUCAUUACUAUCCUCGUUUACGUGUUCACCCUGGACUAUAUAACUCAGUAUUACAUGUGACAUAAAUCAGAUGCUUUGAUGUUAAUAACCAACGAUAAAAUGAUUCGUCCAAUCAGGUAUCAUGAAUCAGCAAUGUCAGUAGAAUUUUCAUAAUUGCUGUGGACAGUUUAAAGAUUGAACUGUGCAUAAUUGGUAUGUGGAUACUCAUCGUCCUUUCUUUGUUUGGGUGUAUUCAUUUUUCUGUUUGUUUUUAUUCAUAUCGAGAUGAAAAGAACGAGACAUUUAGAAGAUGGAAACAUUCGUCAACAUCUGUUCUAGCCGCGUGUUUUACAAUGAGACGAGAGAUUGCAGGACUUUAGUUCCGACACACGAUGGGGUUCAUAAAUGCGAGGCAUUCUUACACGUUCAAUGUGCAACAACCCAAUCGAAAAAUAAGACAAAAUCCCCCACCCACGUAAUUUCUCUUUUGUUAUUUUUUUUUUUUUUCAUUUGAAUUUGUUAUUUUUUGGUAGGAUUUCCCAAAAAGCUUAUUAAUAUACAUGUUUGACGUUGAGAGAAAAACAAAAAAAAUAUACAAAGCAUUCGACGAAUUUUCAGCUUUCUGCAGUUUUAUAGCUCGUUGUUAGCAGACCGUAUCAAAUGUUUUCGCGCUCGAUUUAAAUAGCGCAAACACCUUGGGAAAUCAAUUGAUUGUUACAAUAUUCAAAGUAGAUUGAGGGGG